GCGGCCCGGCCGCAGCCCAGGCCGCCCAGGGAGCGGCGGGGCCGGCGCCAUGGCCGAGCGGGGCCGCCUGGGCCUGGCCGGCGCUCCCGCCGCGCUCAACACGCCGGUGCCCAUGAACCUGUUCGCCACCUGGGAGGUGGACGGCUCCAGCCCCAGCUGCGUGCCCAGGUUGUGCAGCCUGACCUUGAAGAAGCUGGUGGUGCUCAAGGAGCUGGAGAAGGAGCUCAUCGCCGUGGUGAUUGCCGUCAAGAUGCAGGGCUCCAAACGGAUCCUGCGGUCCCACGAGAUCGUGCUGCCCCCCAGCGGACAAGUGGAGACCGACCUGGCGCUGACGUUCUCCCUGCAGUACCCCCACUUCUUGAAAAGAGAAGGCAAUAAGCUUCAGAUCAUGUUGCAGCGAAGAAAGCGGUACAAGAACCGGACCAUCCUCGGCUACAAGACGCUGGCCGCCGGCUCCAUCAACAUGGCCGAGGUGAUGCAGCACCCCUCCGAGGGCGGCCAGGUGCUGAGCCUCUGCAGCAACGUCAAGGAGGCCUCGGUCAAGGUGGCCGAGAUCUGGAUCUUCUCCCUGUCCAGCCAGCCCAUUGACCACGAGGACAGUGCCAUGCAGGCGGGCCCCAAGGCCAAGUCUACAGAUAACUACUCCGAGGAGGAGUACGAGAGCUUCUCCUCCGAGCAGGAGGCCAGUGACGACGCCGUGCAGGGGCAGGACUUGGACGAGGAUGACUUCGACGUGGGGAAGCCCAAGAAGCAGCGGCGCUCGAUAGUAAGAACGACGUCCAUGACCAGGCAACAGAACUUCAAGCAGAAAGUCGUGGCUCUGCUGCGGAGAUUUAAAGUCUCGGACGAGGUCCUGGACUCGGAGCAGGACCCUGCCGAGCAUGUCCCCGAGGUGGAGGAGGACCUGGACCUGCUGUACGACACGCUGGACGUGGAGAACCCCAGCGACAGCGGCCCCGACAUGGACGACGACGACAGUGUCCUCAGCACCCCCAAGCCCAAGCUCAGGCCGUACUUCGAAGGCCUGUCCCACUCCAGCUCGCAGACAGAGGUCGGGAGCAUCCACAGCGCCCGGAGCCAGAAGGAGCCGCCGAGUCCAGCCGACGUGCCCGAGAAGAUGCGGGCUCUGGGCACCAAGCAGCCGAGCGACAGCACCUCCGAUUCCGUGGCCCAGAGUGUACCCGCCCCCGGCGAGCAGCCAUCACAGCCUGAGGACAGCCCGGAGGCGGAGACCUCUGCUCUGGACGUGUUCACCGAGAAGCUGCCACCCAGCGGACGCAUCACCAAGACGGAGUCCCUGGUCAUCCCGUCCACCAGGUCCGAGGGGAAGCAGGCCGGCCGCCGGGGCCGGAGCACUUCCCUAAAGGAGCGGCAGCCGGCGCGUCCGCAGAGCGAGCGGGCCAACAGCUUGGACAACGAGCGCUGCCCGGACACGCGGAGCCAGCUGCAGAUCCCUAGGAAGACCGUGUAUGACCAGUUAAACCACAUCCUCGUCUCCGACGACCAGCUCCCCGAGAACAUCAUUCUGGUCAACACCUCAGACUGGCAGGGGCAGUUCCUCUCAGACGUCCUGCAGCGGCACACGCUCCCGGUGGUGUGCACGUGCUCUCCGGCCGACGUCCAGGCGGCCUUCAGCACCAUCGUGUCUCGGAUACAGAGAUACUGCAACUGUAACUCGCAGCCCCCGACCCCCGUGAAGAUCGCGGUGGCCGGAGCGCAGCAUUACCUCAGCGCCAUCCUGCGGCUCUUCGUGGAGCAGCUGUCACACAAGACCCCCGACUGGCUGGGCUACAUGCGCUUCCUGGUCAUCCCGCUGGGCUCCCACCCGGUGGCCAGGUACCUGGGCUCCGUGGACUACAGGUACAACAACUUCUUCCAGGACCUGGCCUGGAGAGACCUCUUCAACAAGCUGGAGGCCCAGAGCACAGUGCAGGACACGCCGGACAUUGUGUCGAGAAUCACGCAGUACAUCUCGGGGGCCAACUGCGCCCACCAGCUGCCCAUCGCAGAGGCCAUGCUGACCUACAAGCAGAAGAGGAGAAAGAACUUUCACUUUGACUUUACCCUCAGCCCGGACGAGGAGUCCUCUCAGAAGUUCAUUCCCUUUGUUGGGGUCGUGAAGGUUGGGAUAGUGGAACCAGCUUCGGCCACAUCAGGCGACUCAGACGACGCGGCUCCCUCCGGCUCCUGUGUGCUCUCAUCCACCCCGCCGUCCACGUCUCCUGCGGCCAAGGAGGCCUCCCCCACCCCGCCGUCCUCCCCGUCCGUGAGCGGGGGCCUGUCCUCCCCCAGCCAGGGCGUCGGCGCCGAGCUGAUGGGGCUGCAGGUGGAUUACUGGACGGCAGCCCAGCCCGCAGACAGGAAGAGAGACGCGGAGAAGAAGGACCCGCCCACCACCAAAAACACACUCAAGUGCACCUUCCGGUCUCUCCAGGUCAGCAGGCUGCCCAGCAGCGGCGAGGCCGCGGCCACGCCCACCAUGUCCAUGACCGUGGUCACCAAGGAGAAGAACAAGAAGGUGAUGUUCCUGCCCAAGAAAGCCAAGGACAAGGACACCGAGCCCAAAAGCCAGUGCAUCGAGGGCAUCAGCCGCCUGAUCUGCACGGCCAAGCACCAGCAGAACAUGCUGCGGGUCCUCAUCGACGGGGUGGAGUGGAACGAUGUCAAGUUCUUCCAGCUGGCGGCCCAGUGGUCCUCCCACGUCAAGCACUUUCCCAUCUGCGUCUUCGGGCACUCCAAGUCCCCCUUCUAGCCCCGCCGGCACGGCCUCGCCAGCUCCCCGCCCUGCAGCCCCGCGGCUUCCCGGUUAACAUUUCAGUUUACGCGGAGACAGACCCUCGCACACGCAGAGACAGUCUUAAGUAUGAACACGCCGGCGACCUGGAAACGAACGGGGCGGCUGCCCCCGGGCCCGUGACAGCUCCGCUUAUUAACCAGAGUGUCCGGCAGGGCUGGGGGGUCAGGGGCACAGUGUCGGGGGGGGCUUGAGAAUCAUGGAAGGCGUGAUUCGGCCUCAGGACCCCGCGCCAGCCCCCCCAAGACGGGUUCUCGCCUUCGCCUCCUGUCCUGAGAGCUCCCUGCUUCCUCGGGGAGCCGGGGUCAGGCGCACAGCCGCGCGGGCCCCCAGGCACCGAGCCGGGGGCCCCGAGGCCCGAGGCCAGCCUUCUGCUGGGGGCGUCCUGAGCAGAACACAGAGGCCAGUCAGCCCAGCCCUGGGCCCCAGCUCCGCCCUCUCGUGGUUCCCAAUAAACUCCAGCCUCGUGGGGCAGUGGAGGCUUUAUAGGAGCGGAUAUUUCUAAUGCUUUUAAAUACAUGUUAUAAUGUAGCUGCCAAACAGACAUUGCUCUUCUGAAGUCCCAGCAGCGCCUCAGGGCUGUGGCCGAGCCAGCAGUGCUGUCCCGCAUCCCAGCCCCGCAACCCCCGCCUCGCCCCAGUGGCUCGCUCCCGCCGUGUCCUGUAAGCACCGCUGUGCUGCCAGGCGUCCCCACCCCACACUGGGCCAGCCCAGUGGGCCUCCGCAGCUGCCCCCACCCCGGCCUGCCUGCUGGCUGGGAGGCCUCCGAGCCUGGCAACCAAGUGUGUCACCUGCCACACUAACGUGGCCAGACCGUAGGCGCUCCACCGGGGCCGUGGGUGUGGGCAGCCCAGCACCUCACGGGCCAGGACCUCGCCUCUCUAGGCCAGGCUCCUCAGAGAGAGGUUUUGGGUUUGGGGCCCAUGUGGGGACAGCUGCACGCGCCACCUCCCCAGGCAGCAGGAGAGGGGCGUCCUGACCCAGGGUCCUGCCCAGUCCCCCUGCUCCCCAACAGCCCUGCACUCCAGGACUCCGCAGGGAGAGCCUGCCGGCUCCUCGCCCUUGUCAGCUGUGGCCAUAGGACACGGGGAUCCCCCCGUGGGGCUGUGAGCCCCCCAGGCUGCACUCAGAAAAACAGUGCCAAACGCAGCACCGGCUGCAGGCCUUUCUGGUUCCUCUGGAGGACGGGCCUUGCCAACAGCCCGUGGCACAGCGGAGUCCCACUCGGGGCUGAAAGAGAGCCCCUCUCUCUUGCCUGGGACCUAGCUGCUUACCUCCUCCCCCAGGCGGCCACACAAAGUCUGAGUGCCCGACACACUGGGUCCCAGUGGCAGAAAGGAUUUGCAUGUGGCCCGGGACCAGGGCUCCUGCCCCUCCCUGGGAAGCCCUGGGCGAGGCUGCCGGUGCUGAGCCCACCGCCUCGGGCCGGCCUGGGCAGGUCCCCCGUGGCUGUGCUCAGAAGCGGCCUCGGGACCUGGAGCCUCCCCACCCUCACUCCCGCUGCUGGGCUCAGGGCAGGGCCGUGGUCAGAGCUCGUUUCCUUUCCAAAGGUCGCGCUCAGCGGGAAGAAGCUCUGGUUGAGACGCCCAUGCCGGGCCCUCUGGCUGCAGAGCUAGUUUUCAUUAGAGGAAAGGGCCAAAGUGGGGCUCUCCUGUCCACCGUGGCUGGGAGCUGCCCUCCUCCCCACUCCCCGGCUUCUGGUCUGUGCCCCUGUGCCCACGAGGCGAAGACGCCCGCCCCUCUGCUCCAGGCCCCAGGGCCCGGCCGCCGCUCUGCUCCUGGACUGGGAGCUCGUGCCACCAGCCCUGGUCACCCCAGCUCCCGCUGGUGCCUCAGUGUCCCCAUCAGCUGAACAGGGAUGGUCUUGCCUGCCCCGCCUACCUCAUGGAGCUGUUCUGAGGGUUCGUGUAAGAGCACUUUGUCUCUCAGAGGACGAUGACACACAAGCCAAAGCCGUCUGUGACUGAGCCAGUGCAGCCAUGAGCACGGGGAGGGCGGUGUGGGGCACGCGUGAGGUAUGUGGGCCCCAGACGUGGCCCCACGGGACAGGAGCAGCCCCCUCACAGCCGGGGUCUCAGCCCAGUGAGUGACCAGAGGCAACUGGGACUCAAAGGUUAAGCCACCAGUCACCUUCAGGCAAGGCCAGGCUCCUUGUGGGCCUGGCGGCACAGUGUGGGCAGGCCCUGCCCUUGCUCAGGCCAGGUGGAGGCCAGCUCGCCCGGUACCUGGGCCACUGGGCCACUGCUUCCUCCUUCCUCAUGUUGGUCCCCUGGGCCACCGUCUCCUCAGGGCAUGCAGGCCAGUGUCCUGAGUCAGUGUCACGGCCACAGCUCUGUGCAGGGAUGGCCUCGGUCCAGAGCCGAAGGCCUCUGGCAAGGCUGGCGGGAUCAGAGCCGCCAAGGCCAGCCGUGCUGGCCUCAGUCCGAGAGGAAGACCCGACUGGCCUUUGUCCCCGAACAGACUCCCCACGACAAAACCGGGCCACGCGCUUCCAAAGGCCAGUUUCCUGAGCCCCACGCCUGUCCCUCCGCCCCCUUCUCACCACCUGUCCUGUCCUGUCCUGUCCUCCAGUGAGGUGGGAAGACAAGGGCCUGGCAGGGGCCAGGCUGGGCUUGGGGCGCCCUCCCCGAGGGUCUGACCCUGCAGGCCAAGGGGGGCCACUGUUCCGUCCUGCAGCCCCCACGCGGGUCUGCGCGUUGCUUGGUUCCUAGGAUGUACGUGUUGCUAGUUUGGUUUUUUUUUUAAUGGAAAACAAGAUAAAUGUAAAUAGCCUUUUGGGAAACAGAGUCUAACCCGUCCCGUAUGUGACCACGUGGACUAUUUAAGGUGCUGAUGCGAGACUAAUAAAGCCGGGAGCACGCCUCCAGGUC